UUCUUUUAUUACUUGUUAUAUAUUUUAUUUUAAAUAGCAGUUUUAUCCAUGUGCUUAAAAUUCAGGUGAGGGGGUUGAGAUCGAAGGCGCCAAAAUCCGUAUGGGGAGCAGAGCAGGGGUUUGGGUUGGGGUGUGCCCGGACUUGGUCUUGCUUAAGAAUUGUUGCAAAGUUUCAAGCUUUCAUGGCGGUAACAACAUCAGCUUAAGCUUUCCUUCAAGAUUUGGUUCAGAUACCAAAUGCCCCACCAGUCUUAAAUGCUUCCCAGUCGCUUCUGCUUCUUCACUCAGUGGCUCCGGUGCCCAAUACACUGGUUCUGAGCAAUUGCUGGAUGUGCAAACAAAGCAGAAAAGGAAGGGGAUAGCUGGCAUUGAUCAAGAUGAACUGGUGGAUCCUAAAUUUUUAGCUGACCCGGAUAGUUGUUUUUGUGAGUUCAGAGGAGUGGAGAUACACCACAAGGUGUAUGAUGCACAAUCACAGGCACAUGAGGCUGAGGCCCUCUCUAGCCAGACUAAGAACGUUGGUCUUCCUAUGAUUUUAUUACAUGGUUUUGGUGCCUCAGUUUUCUCGUGGAAUCGAGUUAUGAAACCGUUAGCAGAGGUCAUUGGUUCCAAAGUUGUUGCCUUUGAUAGACCAGCCUUUGGGUUGACAUCAAGGGUAAACCUUUUUGGGCAUUCAUCAUCUGGAAAUGGGGAACCAAGACCUAUAAAUCCAUAUUCCAUGGCAUUUGCAGUGCUUGCUACCUUAUACUUCAUUGAUUUUCUAGCAGCCGAGAAGGCAAUUCUAGUGGGGCAUUCAGCUGGUUGUCUUGUAGCAGUUGAUGCAUAUUUUGAAGCUCCAGAACGUGUUGCUGCUAUGAUCCUUGUUGCCCCAGCAAUUUUUGCCCCACUUACUAUUAAAAAGGGUGUCAAGGGAUCUCAAUCAGGAGAAGAUAACCAGACUAAAGAAGAUAGCCCAAAUUCAAUAAAUCUAGGGAAUCCUUUUAUCCAGCUUUUCAGGAUGUUGUCCAAGUUUGCCAAAUUUAUUUCACAGGCAAUAAUGCGAGUGGUGAAGGGGAUGGUAGGCAUGUUUAGCUCUUUGUAUAAGAAAUUCUUGUCAGCUGUUCUACGCUCUGCCUUUGCUGUAAUGCUAGUAAGGAUGGUUAUUGAUAAAUUUGGUGUUACUGCUGUUAGGAAUGCAUGGUAUGACGCGAAUCAAGUCACUGAACAUGUUAUACAAGGUUAUACUAAGCCAUUGAGGGUUAAGGGUUGGGACAAGGCACUUGUGGAGUACACAGCAGCAAUGCUUACAGACACAUCAUCUGAAUCAAAGCCACCACUGGCAAAAAGACUUCAUGAAAUCUCAUGUCCUGUCUUGAUUGUUACGGGUGAUAAUGACCGAAUUGUCCCCUCGUGGAAUGCUGAGAGACUUUCACGAGCCAUACCUGGAUCUUGCCUUGAAGUUAUAAAGCAUUGUGGGCACUUGCCACACGAAGAGAAAGUUGAUGAGUUUGUUUCAAUAGUGAAGAAAUUUCUGUAAAGAGCUUUGGAAGAUUCUGAGGAGCAACAUCUACAAGUUGUAGUGUGAAGUUUGUCUCCUAUAUCCCAUGCUACUAUGUCACGGGGAAAAUUGGCUGGCUCGAUCAAGCAAACUAACAUAAGAAUGUUGUCAGUCUAUAUCUGAAGAAUUUGGGACGUCGGAAAAUAGUCCGGCCAGGAAAUGGGAAAUACCCAUAAAUCGAAGUAUAUAAUACAGCAGGUGUAAUACCCUCCAUGUUAAUAUUUCUGCUUCACUCAGUCACUUGGACAUUCAGUAGUUGUAAUACUAGUGAUU